GUCACGAAUAAAAUAUUUUGUGAGUGUAUCGUUCAACGACAGUCUGCUGCUCUUUGUCUAACAACACGCAGCUGCACGAAGGAUGCAUCCUUCAACGCAACCACAACGCAGCAGCACGAAACGAGCGCGCAAGGAGCGCAUCAAAGAAGAAUACGCGAUGGUUUUUUCCAACCGAGAAGGAAGACGCCAUCACUGUACGCCGUGCCUUCAACUCGUUUAGACUUGUUACAUAUAAUAAGCUUGAAGUGAAUUCGAUAACAAAGAAAAUGUAAUUAGUGUAAAUAUAUUGUUUUCAACUAAGCAAAGGACUUCUUUAUCCGGUAUCCGAACUUCGUGGUUGGUUUUCCCAGAGAGUUCCGUCGGUCCGCCUAUGUUGAGUUUUUUAAAUACAGUCCACUCUCGAACAUAAUUUUGGUCCAGUCGAACCGGAUCGUGCAUAAUGUAGUAUCUCCUGUUCCGGAGCCGGAAGAAGAACCGUAAAGUGCAAAACUCAAAGUGUAUUCCAAAAAAGUCGGAAAAUUCAAACGAUAAUGGUGUGAGCAAGAUGGCCGCCAUCGAGGAAGUACAGUACUAGAGUGACGCCGCCAUUUUGUGAAGUUUAAAUAUCGGUGUGCGGUCGCCAUUUUGAAAAGUGAUGAUGGAAACCCGAAAUAAGUGAAGAUAGUUGCUUCGAAGCUAGUGAUCUGGUUUGCCCACUUGGAUCAGCAAGUGACCGGUUGCGUGAACAUAGACUUGGCUGUGUUCCCAACCACCGUCGAGCAUAAGGCUUGGCUUGAUGUAGUGUCUACAGUGGCAUGCCGGAAGAAAGUGUUUCGAAGCAGCAAAAAGCCGGAGACUCUGGAGCUAGUUCUGCACUUGGGCAGUCUACUCUAGAUUCCUCCACUCCGUUAAGUAAGAAGCAGAAGAGAAAACUGAAAUUGGUGGAAAAGUUAACUGCCAUGGAGAACAUCCAACGACUCGUCCGCCGUCGUGGGGCAGCGAAAGGUAAGGUGUCGCAUUCUCAAUACUAUCCGCCCAAAUGGAGAUGAAGUGGUUCAGCUAACGGAAGCUGAGGUAAAGGUCUAUAUGACGAAAUUGGAAGCAGCGUAUAAGGACUACAAUGAUGCACACGAUAAAAUCAUGGAUGUAGUAGUGGACGAUGAAUACGAACAGCAUGUGCCACAGUACGAAGAGUUCGAUAUUCUUCACGACACUGUUUCCAUUUUGUUGGAGGAGCAGCUCAACAAGAUUAAAGCAGCUACGGCGGUCAUUGAUGCUGCCACAAACGUAGGGCGUAGUAAUCAAAACCAGCAAGCACCGAUUGUUGUGCAUCAACCGCUUCGUAUGCCGGUUCCCACAUUCGAUGGCCGUUAUGAGAGCUGGCCAAAGUUCAAGGCUAUGUUCAAAGAUCUCGUGGACAAGGGUCCAGAUCAGCCGGCUGUUAAGUUAUACCAUCUGGAUAAGGCUCUGGUUGGUAGUGCAGCGGGUCUUAUCGACGCCAGGACGAUCAACGAGGGCAAUUACGCUCAUGCGUGGCAAAUAUUGGAAGAGAGGUUCGAAAAUAAUCGUCACGCUAUCGACUGUCAUAUUCAUGGCUUGCUGAACCUUAAACGCAUGACGAAGAAGAGCCAUUUGGAGUUACGGAGUUUGGUGGAUGAGUGCAGCAAGCAUGUGGAAGGCCUUAAGUUUCUGGAGCGGGAGUUCGAGGGAUUUCGUCAUCCAUCUGUUGGCUGCAGCAUUGCACAACGAUAUACGCCACAUGUGGGAGUCCACUAUAAAACACGGUGA